AUGAGUGAGGUGGGCCGGCUUCAGAGAGAGAUCCAAGUUUUGAGGGCUGAUUUACUGGCUCUAGCUGCACGACUUGAGCGGCUUGAGGGUGAUUUGGCUGAUUUACAGAGUGGAGGUCAGCCAGGGUCUUCCGUCCCUGGGAUCCUUAGCAGUCCACCUAGGACUGCUCCAAAGGCCUAUCCGGCCCCAAAGGCCGCCUUGGCCUCAGAUUACAGCCAGGAGCAGCGUGAGAGGGCUGCCAGGCUGACUGGUCAAUUUUUCCACCGCUGUUUGAACGGCGAGGCCAGGGGUGAAAGUGGGCGGGGUUUGAUCCGACUCCCCAAUCGAGUCUACGUGGUCAUCCGCACAUUUGAGGACGAGUUCUUUUUGGAUCCGGUGCAGAGGCAGACCUGGGUUGGCCAACCGAGAUCCUCGACCAAUAGGAUGGCUGUUGACACAGCCAUCGCAGAGGAGCUCUUCUUUGAAGAGUUCAUAGUGUCUGCGGACGGCAUAAACCUGGAAUAUAAGGUCGGGUGCCUUGACAGUAGUGCUGGUCCGAUUGACAUUGCGAUUUUGGGUGUUGGCAGAUUGGGUCAUCUUGUCUGUGUCCCCGGAGCGGUUUGGGACAAGAAGGCCUCAAAGAGGUUGCUGGACACAGGUAGUCUCAGCAAGCCUAUCUCUUUAUCAAUCCCUGCUUGUACGGCUGAAGACCGAGUGAACGCUGCCGACGGUUUGUCGGUUCACGUUUGGCUUGGCUGGCUGAAAGCAGACCUUUUGCCUAGCAUUAGUUUUCCUGAGGAUUUGCAGAAUUUAUACAAUUUUGAGGACAAAGACACCAUAGCGGCAUGUUUCCCUUAUGCGGACGGUCUUGCAGCUGCAGCCUACGAGAAAUUUGGGCUGAAGGCUCCGGAGGACCUAGAAGAGGAGGAUGCAGAGGCCAUGGACGCAGGCUCAAGGCUGACUGUGUUGGAAGAAAACUUUUCCCAGCUCAAGCUGGGCCUGGACGAGCUGCUGGCUCUACAGCGCGGAAGCUCUGGCUAUGUUACAGCGCAAGAGACUCCAUCAGGAGUGGAGGAUCAGGUCAAGCCUGGCAAGAAGGCUGGAAAGGCCAAGGCUCUUUCCUCAAAACCUGCUGGCAAGAAAGCCAGCCCUCCUGUGCUGAAUUACCCAGGCUUGGAUCCAAGUGCGGUGGCUGCAGCCUUACAGGCGGGUGUGCCUUCCGAACAUCUGACUCUGAUAAGCAGGGCCAUCGCAGGAAAACCCCGGCUGGGAGAGCAGAUAGCUUUGGACCCAAGUACCAAGAAGCAGGACAACGACCUGCAGGACUCCGAGGCCGAGUCAGACCCCGACGGCGUAGAUGCAGCCGCCGAUCCCAUGACGGCAGCGCUCCUUCAGCUGACAAAGAUAGUCAGCAAGCUUUCUGCUUCGAAGAAAGCAGAUCCUUUGGAGGACUCCAUGGAUUUCAGCGGCGCGUCUGGGUCAGCAGAUGGAGGAGUAGGACUUUCUCGAAAGCAUGCGGCAGUCAUCCGAGCUUUGAAGAAGGCUUUCAAAGAGGAUCCGAAGAAGCUAUGGACCGUGAUGGAAGCCAACAUGCAAGAGGACUAUGCUCUCUCAACGGUUCAACCAAACACUGCGGUGAGCGGCUUCUCAGUGCGGGGGUGGGCCGAGCACAGAUCAAAGAUCCAGUCCUACCCAAGGACGGUGCGCUCAGUAUGGGGCCUAGCAGGAGUUAUGGAUGCCAUCAGGGCAGGAGCGACCGACGAAGCUCUGUGUCGCUGCUAUCUUCUCAUGGCUCAGUACGAACAGGAGAGCAUCGACCGAGGGUCGUUUCUUCUGGCGCAGGAGUUUGCGCUGGAACCUCCUGCGCCGAUAUCCUCUUUUGCCAACCAUGUGAUCCCAGAGCCGACAGAAAUGGCCUACACGAGGAUCCUCGACAGCAGAUGGGUCGAAGCCUUUGCCCAUCAUCUGAAGGAUGUGGACACCUACAUGGAAAUGAGAAAGAAACUGGGUCAGAAGAAUCCAGUGCCAGCUGCAAGUGGAGGGAAGGGCAGUCCGCAGCCCAAGUCUUACCCCAAAGCGGCAGCCAAGGCAAAAGGAAAAGGGGGAUCGCAGCAUGUUGACACCGACAGCCCAACUCCUUGGCCUUUGCCCGGCACUUCUUCGUCUGCGCGGGGGGUUUGUAGCCCUACUGCGGUAUUGGGUCGGGGCACGGGAGGGAAAGCUGUCAAAGUCCAAGCUGCUGGUCCUUUAAGUGAGGUUGCUCACUCGGCUGCUGAGUUUGAUGAUCCCUCCUCCUUUGACGGUGGCCAGGAUGUCCAUGUCGGGCGGAAUGUGCCUGGUUUUGAUGCUUCGCCAAUUGAUAUUGGCUCCAUGUGGUGCACUUGGCCCCACAAGAUUUUCUCCUCAGCAACGCCAUUUGGGCGUUACUACCGAGCACAGUGUUCGAAGUCGCCGAGGAGCCAGUGUGAUGUGGCUCCUAACGCUGAGCUCUGGCCGUGUCCUCUUCCUUAUCAUGGUGCUGAUCUUAGCGUAAAGAAGAAUGGUGAGCGUACUGCUGGCUUUAGGCACAUCGUCAACUUGCAGAUUUCCUAUUUGAGUUUUUUGCAUGUCGGGCAGCACCAGUUGCCUCCCGACCGGGUGUGCGGCCCUGUCGCUCUGACUGAUCAGCAGAAAUCUAUGGUUAGAAGAGUUGAGGAGCUAGCUUCAGCGUGGGCAGAGCAAAAAGCUUUUUCUGCCUCUGACAUGGGGCGAACUGCCGCUAAACAAGAGCGGCAGGAAGAGAUCCUCAAGAAGCUGGAAUGUUUCAGCUCUAGUGUCGUUCAGGGCCUUAGCAAAUAUCAAAGGAUGUCUCAGAAAGUGGAGCUUUGUCGACCAACCGCCGAGCGUGGAAAAGUCAUAGGGCAUUUGCAGAAGAGCAACGUUUGCACAGCUCAGCGUAUUGUGGCCGACAGAAUUAAGAUGGAGGGCAGACCUGUUUUUGAUCCAACCCCUUUUUUGGAUUCAGAAUGUAAGAGGCUUUUUGAGGAGCCUUUUUGUCAAGGCAUCAAUCCCGAUUCGUUGGUUGACAAACCACCCAGGGUUCGUGUUCAUGCCUCUUUGGAUGAGAAGAUCAAGUUGCUUUGUUUGCUUAACAAAUCUGGUCGUUUGGUUUUUAGGAAACCCUCGGAAAUCAUUGCGCACCACGGGAAUGGACUUUUUUGUGUUCCAAAGAAUUUAGAUGUUGAUCGUUUGAUUUUGGAUGGACGACCGGCAAAUCAGCUGCAACUCACGCCGGACAAAUAUAUAUUGAGCAUGGGUGCGGCUACAGCGUUGUUGGGCAUUCACCUUUCAGAUGACGAAAAGCUUUUGAUGUCAGGUGACGAUCUUUCCAGUUUCUUUUACACAUUCAAGAUUGGACAUGACAGAGCAUCUCGAAAUUUUUUGGAUUGGAAAAUUGAUACCAAGCUUGUGAAAAAUUUUGCUGGCUUUCCUGAUGCGCUGAAGAGUGAGAGGUAUGUCUAUGCCUGCUUGAAUACACUGGCUAUGGGAGAUUCUGCUGCUUGUGAAUACGCACAAACCUCACACAUCUGCAUGGGUUUAAUCUCUGGUGCUAUUGACCCCAACAAUUUGCUCACAUUGCAUGGUCGCACGCCUAGGCAUAGUACUCUCUCAGGUAUCAUCAUUGAUGACUUCAUCCUUAUGCAGAAGGUUGGUAUUGAGGAAACACGUGGUGUUGACAUGGAGCAUCGUAGAGCUGCUAUGCAUGACAUGUACAAGCAGGUAGGUCUUGAAGCUCACCCCACCAAGGGGUUUUCCAACUCUGACAGUGCGAGCUUUUGGGGUGCUGAUGUUGACGGUCUUCGUGGUCUUGUCCGAGGUAACGUGGUGCGUGCUGGUUCUCUGUGCUGGAUUACAAGUAAAAUUGCUUGCUUGGGCGUUGCUACAGUUGGUCUUUUAGAAAUGGUCUCUGGUGGUUUUGUGGCUUUAUUUGGGUUUAGGCGAAGAAUGAUGUCCCUGCUGGAUCUUAUCUAUGCUGCACAGGCGGGUCGGGAUCAAGGUGAUGUGGUCCAACUUUCUUCAGCGCUGCGGGAUGAGCUGUGGUCUCUAUGUAUUCUUUGUCCCUUAGCGGUCACAAACCUCAGGGCGUCUUUCUGCAACGAGGUCUACAUGGUGGAUGCUUCUAAUUGGGGCGAUGCCGUAUGUGCUGCUGAACUCCCUACAGGUCUCCGAUCCGAAAUGCACAGGCAUGGUUUAUCAAGGUCUACGUGGACUAAGCUGCUGAGCCCUUAUAAGGCUAACCUUAAAGGCAAAGGUGUUCUAGAUCCAGAGGAAGAGCUGCCUCCAGGUGAAAUCCCCUAUUCGUCUCAUCCUGUCUGGGAGGUUGCCGCGCGGGGUCUUGUCUACGAGGUUCGUUGGAAGCGGCGGGCAAGGAAUGCUAGGCAUAUCAAUAUUGGCGAGCUGCGCUCCUACCUCAAGGCGGAAGAGAUUGUGGGGAUGCAUGCUUCGGAUGUGCGGGUCUGCAUUGGAGGCGAUUCUCAGGUUACAGCGGGUGCUAUUUGCAAGGGCAGGUCUGCUUCGCACGUAUUGAACAGAGAAUUACGAAAGAGCUUGCCCAAUCUCCUUGGUAGAGGUGUGUAUUCCAGCCCUGGUUACGUGUACACAAAACAUAAUCCUGCAGACGAUCCUACACGAGGGGCAUCUUUGCGUCAUCCGGAUGUUGAACUACCGGAAUGGUGGCUCUGUGCUGCUCAAGGGGCGUAUGAGAUGUUAGAUGACAUGCUGAAACAUGAUGGUUUGGAUGACAAUGAUAUUUCUGGUCAUGCCCCCCUUCAAGACCUUUUUCCCAGUGCUGAGAAUAGACAGUUUGACAAACACUCUAUCCGCAAGAAGAACAAUCUCCAUAAGCGAGUUCAAGAGAAGCUCAGUAAAAGACAUUUUUUGAAAUUCAAGGAAAGUGAACCUUCUUCAAUCAGCUCCAUUGAAGAGACUCAUUUGUGGCCCUCAGACAUUUUUGAUGAUCUCACUUCUUUUGGUAAGGAGGCAUUUAUUUUUGGUAGUGGAUUCCAAUGGCCGCCGCGUUGUCCUGGUCUGCUUGAUCUUUAUUCUGGGCGAAAGGGCUUUGCCAAGGCUUGUAGCAGACUUGGUGCUCCUUGGGUGCUGACUAUUGACAUUGAGGACGGCCCACAGUUUGAUUUGCUGUCUCCGGCGACAAGGCGGAAACUUGAAAGGUUGAUCAGAGGCGGCUGUUUCUUGCACGUUUCCUGUGCUCCCAUUUGCGCGUCGUUUUCUGGGGCUAUUACGCCCGCUGUGAGAAGCAAAGCUGAGCCUUUAGGGAUCAAACCUAUCAGGCAGAGCCUGUUUGAAAAGAUUUCUCAGGGCAAUUCUCAUGCCAAGUGGAUCGGGUCAAUCAUUCGUUUGUGUAUCAGCCUCUGCAUAGGCUUUUGGGUUGAGAAUCCUGACGGCAGUUUUAUUUGGGACCACCCAUCUUUGAAGUUUUUGCCGAAGAAAGCAGCCAGUCGUUUCUUCAGACUUGAUUUCUGCGCUUUUGGAGCUCCGUGGCGAAAGAGGACUAGGUUCCUCACCUCUGGAAGAUUGGCUGGAGUAAAGCGGCUGUGCAGGCGAGACCACAAGCACAUUAUUCUACGUGGGAAACCAAAGAAUCAUAAGGCUUGCUGGACCAAGAUUGCUGAACCAUAUCCCAAGAGGUUGUGCUCCUUUCUGGCUUGGGCUGUUCUCACCGAUUUGGGCAUUUACAAGAAUAGUGCUGGCUCAUCUCUAACUUCCCGGCACGAUCACCGGCGUAUAGGCGAAGCCAAAAACCCUGGACCUCGACCGAGUGGUGGUCGUCCCAGAAAUGCCAGUGCCCUGGAUGAGGUGGAGCUCAUUCGGCCGCAAACGCAGGCCAUAGGCAGCAGGCAAUGGGCCCUGUUCUGGGCUUGGACAGUCAGCUUGAUAGGCGAAGCAGUUGCUAGAAGUUUGUGGGCCUCGCCCGUCCUCAUGGGCAACAUGCUUAGUUCAUACGGUAGGCAUAUGUAUGAGUGUGGGAAAGCUUUGUUUAAUUUUAGGCAUCUGGUGGUUUUUGCACAGCGCGAAUUUCCUGGUCUUCGAGACCAUCUUAGCCUCGCUUGGGAUGCCAUAGCACGUUGGGAAGAGCUGGAGCCGGUGGAGCACAGGCGGCCUGUGCCCUUGAAGAUGUUGGAAGCCACGGUGUCACUUGCCAUUGCCUGGGGCUGGACUAGGAUCGGCUGCAUUUUGCUCAUUGCAUAUUUUGGAUGUUGCCGACCUGGAGAAGUGAUCAAAGCUUGUAGAGGUCAGCUUGUUUUUCCUCGUGACCUUGGCGAAGCUUGUGGACCCAUCUUUUUCAGGAUUCAAAAGCCUAAACCUGGGAGACGUGGUAUGGGAAGAGUUCAGCACACAAAGAUUAAACCUUCUUGCGUGUGCAGUUUCCUGUGGUCUAUUUUGGGAACUUUGAGUUCUGAGGCUUUCAUUUACCCUGGCUCUUUUGGCAUGUUUAGAACUCGGUGGAACAAGGUGCUUUCAGGUUUGCGAGUGCCUAUUGGUGCGAACCUUACCCCUGGAGGCCUGCGGGCCGGUGGCACUGUAGAACUCUACAGACAAGGUGUUCCCAUAGCUGACAUUCUCUGGAUUCUAAGACUCCGCAAUAUUGAGACACUACAACAUUAUUUGCAAGAGAUCGCAACCCAGAUAACGAUGAUUGACCUGCCUGACAGCUGCAAACUUUUGAUCCACUCCUUUAGCCUCAUGUUUCCUUACUACCUUUCCAUCCUCGAGCAUUGA